AUGCCAUCUCUGUGUGGUAUAGGAGGGUCGAGGACCGUACAGCGCAAGCUGGUUCUUUUAGGAGACGGAGCUUGUGGAAAAACGUCGCUGCUAAACGUCUUCACGCGAGGAUACUUCCCGACAGUUUAUGAGCCUACGGUCUUCGAAAACUACGUUCACGAUAUCUUUGUUGAUAACGUGCACAUCGAGCUGUCAUUAUGGGAUACCGCCGGACAAGAAGAAUUUGACCGCCUACGAAGCCUCUCCUACGACAACACCGACGUAGUAGUACUCUGUUUCAGUGUCGAUAGUAAAGACUCACUGGAGAAUGUCGAGAGCAAAUGGGUUGGAGAGAUUCAGGAGAACUGCCCCGGUGUCAAGCUCGUCCUGGUGGCCUUGAAGUGCGAUCUGCGCGAAAACACCGACGAGGAAGACGAUGCUGCUGCCAGCGCUACCGACGGACCCCAACGGGAAAAGAGACCCAUGAUCGACUACAACCAGGGCCUCGAGGUCGCGCGACGUAUCAAGGCCAUGCGGUACCUGGAGUGCUCAGCCAUGCGGAAUCGUGGUGUCAACGAAGCCUUUACCGAGGCUGCCCGUGUUGCGCUCACUGUUAAGCCCAGUGGCGAAAAUGAGUCCAAGUGCACCAUCAUGUGA